UGCACAUUCUAUCGUUACAAUUAUGAAAACUAAGAAUCAAUGAAUUUAUUUAAGUCCGAGAUGUCCUUUUGCUAGGCUCUAAUGGCACUUUUGACUACUCCUUUCUCUUCUGUAGCAUUAGUCUUUCCAAAUCAUCUGACAGUUAAUGAUCUACCCGAAGUACUUCAGUUACUCAGAAGACAUAGAUCUAGUAAUUUUUCUAGUUUUUUUGGAAUUGGCGGAGUCAAUUGCCAUGACCUUGGUAUUCAUCUUGGUCUAUCGCCUACUACACUGAAUGCCAUCAUAUUGAAUAAUAAAGGAGAUACUGAGAGUUGUCUGCAUGAGUGUCUUACUAAAUGGUUACAGAACGCUGAUGAUGUACAAAAGACUAAAGGUGGUCCAACUAUCAGUUCAUUGAUAUCAGCAUUGAGGAAAUUAGGAGAGAAUGAAGUAGCUGAUGGAAUAGAUAUGGAGAAGCAUCCUGCUUGUAGAAUUCUUGCUCGCUAUACCUCAAACCAAUCUCUACUGUCUGCAUUACCUCAGCUGGCUAUGGAAUUGAAUGAAGCAGAUCUUAUACAAGACAUGAUUUCCGCAGAUUAUAUACUGGGAAAGGAUUUAAUGGACGGUGAGAUAAAAGAAGCUGUGUGUCAUGAUUAUAGAAAACUCGUGACAUUUGCUGAUAUUUUAUGCAAAUCCAAAACUACUGCUGAGAUAGGAGUUGCUAUCAUGAGAGACUACAGAGAGAUUUAUGGGAGUGAUGAUGAGAAUGGACUGAAGGUUUAUCUUCCUGUGAUUGUCACUUCAGAGUUUAUGAUAAUGCGAAUGAAGUUGGCAGAUAUAGUCGACUCAAUUAUGAUAAAAAACCCUCGGUCUCCAUCCAUUGAUGAUAUCAAACAUGUACUGAGUACAUACAACAUGACAUUAUUGCCUCAGUUAGCUCAGUGUAAAAAUAUUCAUGACAUUUUACAAUUAGUGCGUGAUAAAAGUUCACUUGAUGAUAAUAGCAUGUUGGAGUAUCUUGUUAAUGAGUUUAAUAUAAAGGAGGGCAAGCCAGCUAUUGAGGAAUAUAAAGAAGCUUUUGAGAAAUUAAAAACAAAACUUCGUCAAAUUUUGGAAGGAGAACUUUUCAAAGUUUUAUCACAAAUUAAGUCUGUUACCAUUGUUGUUGAAGUUGUUGGCUAUUCAGUACUUAAAGAUGUACAGAGACUGUCAUCAGCUGUUUUACCCCGUCAUUUAAAGCUAAAUGUCAUUAGAGAUGAUGGUAGCAUAAAGAAAGUUUGGAAACAAGAAUCAUCCACACUAACAUCAUCCACACGAACAUCAUCCACACAAACAACUGAAGUACCAGCAGGAAUAGCAGAAAAGGAUGAGGAUCAAGUAUGUUGCUGCAGGAGAAAGUUGAAACUAUUCAAAAACAACUGGAGGAAGAAAAGGAACUUCAUACAAAAGAGAAACAAUUUCGUGAACAAGUUACAAAGGAAUAUGAAGAGAGAAUAGCAACACUUACUGAACAACAGGAGGAAGUUACUGGAGACUUGAAACACAAGACAGAACAAUAUGAAGAAUUAAUAUCAGAUAAUGAGCUUACUCAUAAACAACUGGAGGAACUUGAGAAGGAACUAAAA